AUGUCCUUGAACGAUUAUAGUCUCACAAGCGGUGGCCGUGACUAUGGCCGACUCGAUGAAUAUGGCCAACCUCAACGGCAGAAUUAUGGCGGUGGUCAGCCUUGCGAGUCUAACUUCAGAAAUAGAGACAUUCAAGGAACAUACCAAUAUGGCCCAGAUAAGAGUACCAUGCAACUCCCUCCUUUACACCUGGUCGAAAGCAAUAUUCAACCACCACAUUCGACAAAUAGCGACCGUCUACCCCCAAUCAGCUGGUUCCUGGGAUCAGCUGCUCAACCAUCAUACCGUUCUAUGCAGACCUCUAACCUAACGGACCUAAGAUCGCCAGCUGAUUUCAACGUUCCUGCAGCUCGCUCGCAUUCUGGUACCACUAGUCAAUCGCAGCACUAUCCAACUUCCGAAUCAAGAAUUCGUGAAGCUUCUUACCCUCUGAGUGAGAUACAGCGCGUUCAAGAGCCUGGCAGUCGAAAGUGUCAGCCCUCAGCACCAAGUCAACGAUCCAAUACGAAGCAUGGAGGCAACGAGCAUACGGAUUUCAUGCAUAAUUUUCCGACUGGUAUUCCGACCUCAAUACAACUUUCACCUCCUCUUUUGGGUAGGUCAGAAAUAGAGCUAGGUAACUCAUCUUCUAGACAUGCGAAAAAAGAGCAGUCUCGGAGAAGACACAAGGCCAAAGAAAGAUCGAGACCUUACAGCUCUCCUUACAGCUCUCAUCCAAACGCAUCAAUGCUACCCCAACAGCAAUUGCAAGGCUAUUCCGAAUGCCUUCGUUAUCACGCAUCUGUUGAAAGCCCGCAGGCCAUUCGAGGUAACAGUAGUGCGACAGAAGAGAUGCCAGCGGAUUUUGACAUGGAGUGUCGUCUGCCGGGAUGCAAGGAGCGGAUAAGUGAGAAUGCCCUCUUUGGAGCAUGCGGAACACAUCAUAAUCAGUUAUCAACAUGGGAUUUCUCUUAUUGCGAAGCGGAAAAACGAGAUUCCCAUGACCCAGCGGAUUAUUUACCAAAUGGACAGUGUAAAGCCAAGAAAAGAAAGCCUAAUAAGCGGUGGUGUUCUCGUCACUCAAAACAGAACUAUCAUUCGAGAUCUGAAUUCCUCAACUCAGGGGUUGGCAUACUGGGAAAGUGGUUUGUGGGUCGUCACCAGGGCACCGCUAAUCUUCCUCCUGGGUAUGGUAAAUCGGGGGCCCAAAGUUCUUUUGAUUGUCGCUCGUCAUCAAAAACCAGUGCUUAA